AUGUCCAAUAUUGAAAACCUACCGACUGAGCUGAUUCUCCUCGUCGUCUCGUUUUUGCCAUCCGAAUCAUCUCUCGCAGCCUUGGCGCUGUCAAGCCGCCGUCUGUAUGGUAUCUUCAACCGCUGUCUUUACCACUACAAUGUCCUCCACAGCAACAGCUCCGCUUUAGACUGGGCGGCGCAAAACGGGCGGAUGGGUACACUAAAGAAGGCGCUAGAGGCUGGUGCCCCUCUACCCAAGAAACAGGGGAAGGGCAAAAUGAGACAGCAGGGACCGAUGAUCUCCGAAUUCGGGAGCGUAGCCCCGCGUCGCUUCAUGGACUUUCGGCCGCAUCCAAUCUCAUUGGCGGCAAGCGGCGGUCAUACGGAUAUCGUUCGAUACAUGAUCGACCGCGGUGUGAGCCCUGACACGAUGGACCCAGAGAGGCGGACGCUGUUGGCGCUGGCUGCUAUCCAUGGCCAUGCUUCUCUAGCUAGAUAUUUGCUACAAGUGGGUGCCGAUCAGGAUAUCAAGAGCUUUCGAAGCGACUGGCCUGUGUGGUUAGCGGCAUUUCAAGGGCAUGUGGAUGUGGUUGAGGUGCUUGUCUCUGCCCCGAAGCAACGAUCCGACAAGGAAAACCUUCUGAUCGAUGCAUUGGUCGCUGCGGUUCUUGCCUGGCGAGUUCCGGUGGUCCGGCUAUUAUUCAUACAUGGAGUGCAAGUCAACUUUUUGAGUGCAAAUGGAAAUACACCCCUCAUGACAGCUGCGGUUCGGGAGAUGAGCGAUUUGGUCUCGAUGCUUCUUGCGUAUGGCGCAGAUCCAAAUCUGACAGCGGAUAAACGACAGUCUGCACCCUUGGGAAUUGCAGCGCUCCACGGCUAUGAGGAAAUAGUCCGGAUCUUGGUCGAUCAAACGGCAGAUAUCCAACGCACCAAAGCAUUGGGAUUCGCAGUCUUAGAGAGAAAAACACGAAUCGUCGAGAUAAUACUUCAAAGUGGCGCAUCCCCUCAAUACUUCCCGUGUGAGAUACCGAAACUCCCGGAGGAGGACGAUAACGAGGAAUGGGUGCAACCUCUUCUCUAUGCCGUGAAGAGUGGCCAUCUGGACCUCGUGGAAUUGCUCUUGGAGUAUGGAGCGGAUGUAAAUGUGCCCUGCUCCGAAUACCCCGAUGGUGGGUUUGGGAGAUUAUUUGAUCGAGUUCUGUUCGUGGCUGUGGAAGAAUCCGACGAAGAGAUGGUGAAUCUACUACUGGAAUGGGACGCCAAUCCGGAGAUUACAGAUAUGGUAGGACAGCCUCCGCUCACAUAUGCCAUUAAUGGCGGAAAUGAGAACAUCGUUCAAUCCCUGUUGGAUCAUGGGGCAAAUCCGCACCGUGCAGUGGAUCAUUAUGGCAGCAAACUGACAUCAUAUCGGAAAAUGAAACAAUCGAUGCGGAGUCUGCUACAAGAUGCGGAGGAACAAUGGCCCUACCGUUAG